AUGGCACUGCCUGCGUGUGCAGCCCGGGCGCUCGGGCCGCCGCUGCAACCGGAGCGAGGAGCGCCCGCCCGCACCACCUGUCCCCGCCGGCAUUCCAGAGUAGAGGCCGAAUUGGCAGCGAGCCGGCCCGGAGCAGUCGCCGCCUCAGUCCGCGCGGGCCCUCCUAGGGGUGUGUCUCGCGGCUUCAACUCCCAGCCGCUCCUGGACGAGCCCCUAAAGGCGUCUUCCUCCGUGGCGGGAGCCGCGCGCACCCCUCUCUUCGCGCUGCUGCCCCGAGGCCGCCGCAGGCGGAUGCACGACCUCAGGAGACGCUGGGACCUGGGCUCCCUCUGCCGGGCCCUGCUCACUCGGGGCCUGGCCGCCCUGGGCCACUCGCUGAAGCACGUGCUCGGUGCGAUCUUCUCCAAGAUUUUCGGACCCCUAGCCAGCGUCGGGAACAUGGAUGAGAAAUCCAACAAGCUGCUGCUGGCUUUGGUGAUGCUCUUCCUAUUUGCCGUGAUCGUCCUCCAGUACGUGUGCCCCGGCACAGAAUGUCAGCUCCUCCGCCUGCAGGCAUUCAGCUCCCCGAUGCCGGACCCGUACCGCUCGGAGGAUGAGAGCUCCGCCAGGUUCGUGCCCCGUUACAAUUUCAGCCGCGGCGACCUCCUGCGCAAGGUAGACUUCGACAUCAAGGGCGAUGACCUGAUCGUGUUCCUGCACAUUCAGAAGACCGGAGGCACCACUUUCGGCCGCCACCUGGUGCGCAACAUCCAGCUGGAGCAGCCGUGCGAGUGCCGCGUGGGUCAGAAGAAAUGCACUUGCCACCGGCCGGGUAAGCGGGAGACCUGGCUCUUCUCCAGGUUCUCCACGGGCUGGAGCUGCGGGCUGCACGCCGACUGGACCGAGCUCACCAGCUGCGUGCCCGCCGUGGUGGACGGCAAGCGCGACGCCAGACUGAGACCGUCCAGGUGGAGGAUUUUUCAGAUUCUAGAUGCAGCAAGUAAGGAUAGACGGGGUUCUCCCAACACUAAUCCAGGCGCCAACUCUCCAUCAUCCACAAAGGCCCGGAAUGCAUCUAAGAGUGGGAAGAACUUCCACUACAUCACCAUCCUCCGAGACCCAGUGUCCCGGUACUUGAGUGAGUGGAGGCACGUCCAGAGAGGGGCAACAUGGAAAGCAUCCCUGCACGUCUGUGAUGGAAGGCCCCCAACCUCCGAAGAGCUGCCCAGCUGCUACACUGGGGAUGACUGGUCUGGCUGCCCCCUAAAAGAGUUCAUGGACUGUCCCUAUAAUCUAGCCAAUAACCGCCAGGUGCGCAUGCUCUCCGACCUGACCCUGGUCGGCUGCUACAACCUCUCCGUCAUGCCUGAAAAGCAAAGAAACAAGGUCCUCCUGGAAAGUGCCAAAUCGAAUCUGAAGCACAUGGCAUUCUUUGGCCUCACUGAGUUUCAGCGGAAGACCCAGUACCUGUUUGAGAAAACCUUCAACAUGAACUUUAUUUCGCCAUUUACCCAAUACAAUACCACUAGGGCCUCUAGCGUAGAGAUCAAUGAGGAAAUCCAAAAGCGGAUUGAGGGACUGAAUUUUCUGGAUAUGGAAUUGUACAGCUAUGCAAAAGACCUCUUUUUGCAAAGGUACCAGUUUAUGAGGCAGAAGGAGCAUCAGGAAGCUAGGCAGAAGCGUCAGGAACAACGCAAAUUUCUGAAGGGGAGGUUCCUUCAGACCCAUUUCCAGAGUCAGGGCCAGAGCCAGAGCCAAAGCCAGAGCCAGAAUCCGAGUCAGAAUCCGAGUCAGAACCCAAAUCUGAAUGCCAGUCAGAAUGUGACUCAGAAUCUGAUUCAGAAUCUGACCCAGAAUUCGAGCCAGAAGGAGAACCGUGAAAGCCAGAAGCAGAGCCCAGGUCAAGAGCCGAGCGAUGGCAGCGCCAGCAAUGGCACCAAUGAUUACAUAGGCAGCGUAGAGAAAUGGCGUUAAGUGGCUCCCAGAGGCCUUUGCACACUUGUCCCAAAGCGCCAGUAGAGAUACGGCAAGUCUUAAAACAUGAGAGUUUCCAAACACAUCCUGCUUCCUUAAGUUUGGAAGUUAAAAAAAAGUUAAGAUGUUGCCUUUACAGUUGCCUUUCAAUUAAAUGUUAUACUGUGCGUGGGUAAAACAACUUUCAGCAUGUAAUUAAAUUGCCUCUUUUUGGUUUGUUGGAGUAUUUAUAAAAUCCAAAAGCCAAACCAGACUCGCCAGAAAUUGCUGUUUCGAUAUUUUAAGAAAUUCUUAAAUUAGCUAUAGAGACAAAAUGAAAGCAUAAAAUGUGGCCAUUCAACUUAUGGCUAAGAAACGUCUCCAGAUUAUUCAUGAUACACUGUUAAAACUUGCUCUUGGAAGCAAACAGUUGUUCCCAGGGGUAAGCAGGAAUAUAUACAUUAAAAAACCAAAA